GCGCCAAAACCAACUACCUUCAAAACCAAAACAAAUGAAUCAUACAAAGUGAAAAAUACAAGUUCACAUUCACCUGCAGACACCUGUUUCCUUCCUAAAAAUUUGGAUUCAACGGAUAAAUUAUAUCAUUCUACAAUCUGAAAUUUAUGUGCUCUUGUAGGAAUACUAAUUGCCAAUUGAUGCUUGUAUUGGCAUCUACGAAUGAGUCGAUUUUAAUGAUGUCGUUCAGUAAGGAAAGCGACUCGACCGUGUAUGGAGUAGAUUAUAAUGGGAAAGUGUGGGCCCUUGGGAAUUCAAAUCCACCUGCUUGGACUCGUCUUCAUAAUCCAACAAAUGUCAAUAUUAAGAGGCUGGUUUCUUUCUCGCAUAUAUUGUGGGGAAUCGGCUCGGAUCAUCAAAUAUACGUAUAUGUACCAAAACGUGAUAUAGGAAUUCGAGUGAGGGAAGAAAUAUGGGAAAAUCAGAGGUGGAAUCCGAUUGAUGGUUUUGGCAAGCACCUUUUACCAACGGAUCGGGCCCCAUUCUCAAGCGAAAGUGGUACUGAACCACGUGAGAAAAGUGAUAAAUUACCGUCGGACGCAUGGAAAUGGGAAUGUGAUUGGCAAAUAGAAAAUACCUUUGAAAAUGAGUUGAUUGCUGAGGGAUGGACGUAUGCCUUAGAUUUUCCAGCUACAUACCACCCAGAAAAGACUUUUAAGUCAUUUGUAAGAAGAAGAAAACUUUUCAGAUAUCGGAAAUUUGUCGGAACUAAUCGUUGGAAUAAAAUAGAGUCCCUUCAUCAAGACCAUACACAAGAGCCAUUUAUUGAUGUUGCAGUUGGAGGAUUAAAUAAUCUUUCAACUCCAGAAACAUGUUGCUUGUGGGCUGUUUCAAUCCUUGGGGAGGUAUAUUUUCGAAAUAACACUACCACAAGCAAUCCUGAAGGACUUCACUGGAAACAUAUCCCGAUUAGAAAAGGCCUUGAAGCUUGUCAAGUAACGGUAGCAAGGAAUGGAACUCCAUUUGUUGUAAGUUGGACUGGCACAUUUUUUUAUCGAAUUGGUCUCACGCCCAAGAAUCCACAGGGCUCUGAUUGGCUGGAAUCUCCCGGUCCACCGGGAGGGUUGCUGCAAAUUUCUGCAGGAACAAAUUGUUUAUGGGCAAUUACGAGAGACAAAAAGUGUUGGGUACUAAAGGGUAAUUGGCCAGAUAUUGUGCAACAGAGAGAACCGAUGUUCGAAUGGAUUGAGUUGCCAGGACAGAUGAAAAAUAUUGCUGUAGGAAUGAAAGAUGAUAUUGUUUUGGCAUUAUCUGAUGAAGAAUUUAGCUGCUUGUUCCUCCGAGUUGGUAUUUCGGAAGAUCAAAAAUAUGGUCAAAGUUGGAAACCUGUACUGAAAGAUGCCGAUUGGGAUUCAUUGUCUGUAGUCUCCACUGUAUCAAAUGACAUGAUGGAUGGGAAGGCUGAUAGCAUGGAAAGCCUUGUAUCCUUAAGGCCAGAUGUUCCUCCAUCAACAUCAAUUGGAACUAACAAUGUUUCUGAUUCAUCUAAUUCCACGAUUCCUAAUUCUUUCUGUUGGGUUGAUGGAGCAUGUGCCUCCUGCUUGAGAACAGGAGUAGAAACAGAUUUGGAAGUAGGUCCAUGGCGCGAAGAUAUUUUACAAGAUCUUCAAAAGCUCAAAUUGAAAAGGACUAAUUUUUCAUAUCCAGACGCGCUUGAACCAUCGUCAACAUCAUGGAGUAAAUCAGUCAGAGUGAAAUUUUUGCAUUUGUCCAGAAACAAGCGGUGGUUAGAUGGUCAUUUGGAAAUUUCCAACAAUAAUCAUUUAAUGUUUCAUGAGAAUCUUGAAAAAACAUGGCUGUGCUCUGUUGGUGAUGUAUUGUCAAUUUUUGGAACUGUGGCUGGUGUGAAUACUUUGACAUGCAGAAUAAGAAAUAGCUUAGAACCCGGUGUUGCAGAAUAUGUUACCUUUAAAUUCAUGAAUGAAAAGGACACGGAAGAAUGGCAUGAAAGUAUAUCAGAGCUAGCAUUACGUCCUUUGGAAGACUUUUCUAUUGCAGACAUUUGGAUAGUCACUCGCGAUGCUGAAAUACAUCGAGCCGGACAAAUUAAAAUUCUAGAGGGUCCAGUCGAAGCAGAGGUUGUGACUUCGGAACCUAAUGGCGAUUUCCAAUUUCACUACCCCCUUGUUCGAGGAUUUAUGCCAGACAGCUCAUUGUUAUUAGAUAUAAGUAUACCUAAAGGAGCAGAGAGGUUUUCAAUUAAUCUAAAAGGAAAUACCGAAGCAGUCAAUGCAUUCCACUACAAUCCACGAUUUUCUGACGCAUGUGUUAUUCGAAACUCGUAUGAUAAUGGAGAAUGGGGUGAAGAAGAAAGGGACGGCGUAUUCCCAUUUAGAGAAGGCAUGAGUUACACAAUGUGCAUUGAAUGCACACAGACUCAUAUUAUUACAACUAUUACUCAAAAGAAAACAAAGUUUAUAUUUAGUUUCAAGCAUCGAGUUUCGCCAAAAUGCAUCUGUAAUUUGUUCGUUUAUGGUGAUAUUAAUGUUUCUAGUGCAAGAUAUGAUCCAAAACUUGGAGAAAGCUACGAUUUAGAAUUUGUUACGCAACAGUUACCUGGCCACUUCUAUAAGGUCGAAGCAGGUUCCAACGGCUCAGCUUGGGCAAUAGGUUAUGAUUUAAAAGUUUGGUGUUUUACUGGAUCAUCAAAACAGCAAAAAGUUGACGGGACUUCUCUUGGAGUUGUUACGGAUGAACACACAUAUUAUUGUUACGAAAAUCAACGGUGGAAUCCCGCCACUGGCUUUUCAGGCAAUGUAAUGUUGCCAACUGAUAGACAUGGCUGGACGGACGAAAGUGGUCGCAUUCGAAUGGAAAAACUAGACAUUCGACUGCCUUCAAAUCGCUGGGCAUGGGUGGCCGACUGGGCCGUCGAUUAUGACACUCCUCAUGGAGUAAAUGAUGACGGAUGGCAGUUUGCUGUGGACUUUCCUGCUUCUUAUCACCCCAAUAAGCGAAUAAAUGAUUUUGUUCGAAGAAGAAGGUGGAAACGUGUUGCCAGACUUACUGUCGUCGGUCCAUGGCAAUUAGCUGAAGGAAUGAAGCUUGUUGAUUUAAGUAUUCGGAUGAACGAAGAUUGCGAGUGGGAGGUUUUGGGUUUGCAAGAAAAUGGCGAUGUGGUAGUGAGAUCUGGAAUUUCACCAGAAUGCCCAAUAGGCACUGCGUGGGAUAGCCUUUCAUCUGAAAAACCCUUGAUAAGCAUCUCGGGCUGGUAUGGUCAAAGGAUAUGGGCCGUGGGGAAAGACGGUUUCUCGUAUAUCAGAUAUGCACACUCGUUUCAACUUUUGGACCGGCCGAAUGAUACUCCCUUGAAGCAGGUCAAAGUUGGGUCAUCUUCGAUUUGGGCCAUCGGUACCAAUAAUGCUCUUUAUCGACGUACGGAAGUGCAGGCUAUUUUCCCAGAAGGUCGGGAAUGGAUUCGUGUUUGUGAUGGUGUAUUACAGGUUGGAGUUGCUCCUGAUGGAAACGUUUGGGCAUUGUUGAAGACGAAUGACACCUACCGAUGUACUCUUGCUAAGCGCAUGGGAAUUAGCCAAAAUAAUCCUGGUGGUUUAGGAUGGGAAUUAAUUGCCACAGGUCCUUGGCGACACUUUUCAGUUGCAGGCUCUUUCAGUCGCAACAAAUAGUACACCCUUAUUUUACUAUAUAUUACGAACAGUCUGUCACUCAACAAUCAUUUUAAAAUACCGCCAUGGUAUAAAUAUUUACCCAAUUUGAUGUGAUAAACAAUUGUUUUUAUUCAUGUUCAAUAAAAUAUUGAUAAAAUA